CUUCCUUCCAGCAGCAGAGCAGACGACGACCAAAGCUUUGGAAUAGUUGUGUAACGACGCGCUUGAAGUUUCAAGAUACCGAGCUUGUAUUAUUUUCUCUUGUCAGCCGCUGGUUUCAGAUGCAGUAUAUUCGGUGACAGUUUCUGGUGUAUUAACAGCGACAGAUUAAAACAAUGGAGAAUGGGCAAAGCAGCCUCCGUCAGGCCCAGCAGGAUGUGGAGGAUAUCAAAGUUAUCAUGCUGGAUAACAUAAACAAGGCUGACGAGCGUGCAGGAAAACUCGGGGAGCUUGAGGACAGAGCUGAUAAACUACUUGUAAAGAGCGAACAAUUCUCAAAGACCUCGACUAAGGUGAAACAGAAGAAGCGCUGGGAGAAUAUUAAGUACAAAGUGAUAAUAGCAGCAGUUGUAGCUGCAGUGUUGCUCGGCAUUAUUGUGGCUGUUGCUGUGAGCUUAAGCAGAGAGGACAGUAAAAACACACCCGAAGACACAUCAGCACAAGCACCAGGAGAUGGCUAGAAGAUAAGCAGGCAGAGAAGAAGAUGAGUGAACAUAAGUUGUGUUUGAAAUUCCUCAGAAUACCCAGUAGCCCCCUCACUGCAGAACAAAGAUCCAGGGGGCGGGGUUGGAUCCACAUCUAGGGGGUGGAGAUGGG